AUGCUUCAAGCAGCUCGCGUGGAUAUAGUGUCCGAGUCGCUUAUCGACAUCAAGACACUCAUCUCGGACAUUACGUACCGCACGCUGGAUGAGACCGCCAAGGCUGAGAAGAUUGAAAAGCUGCUGAAGGAGAGCGUGCCGAAGACUUUUAACCUUCUCGAAGGGUUCGUGCAGGACUCCUUCUUUUUGGGUGAAAAGAUAACGUAUGCAGAUUUGCAACUGUUCGACGUAGUGAAGAAUGGACUCAGCAACUACGCGGCUUUCUCUUUGGAAAUGUUUCCGAAGCUCACGGCGCUCGUGGCCAAAGUGGAGACCAAUGCUAACGUGGCAUCCUCUUUGGCCAAGCACUUAAAAGAGUAA